AUGAUGGCGGCCCUGUGGUUCCAGUCCGUGUCUCUGCUGGUCUUACUGGUUUUGUCGUGUCCUGGUUCUCAGGCCGCCUCCGGUCCUCAGCACCUGUGUGGGUCUCACCUGGUGGACGCCCUGUACAUGGUCUGUGGGGACCGGGGCUUCUUCUAUAACCCCAAGAGGGCCGUGGACCCUCUGAUGGGUUUCCUCCCUCCCAAAGUGGGCGGAGCUUUGGCGGCGGGCGGCGACAACGAGGUGGCGGAGUUCGCCUUCAAGGACCAGAUGGAGAUGAUGGUGAAGAGAGGCAUCGUGGAGCAGUGCUGCCACCGGCCGUGCAACUUUAUCGACCUGCAGAACUACUGCAACUGA